AGGGACCAAACACUCGUCACCUGACAUUCACACGUGCAAAAUGGCGCCUUCCAGCACGGUGUCAACUUUGCCAGAGCCUCGACAAUUUCAGUUCAAAAUUUUGGUGACCGGCGACGUGGGAGUCGGCAAAACCUCAAUAGUCAAGCGGUAUAUGGAUGGAGGCUUCAGCACAGAUUACAGACUGACAAUUGGAGUAGAUUUUUCCCUGAAGAACAUUGAGUGGAAUGAGUCAACAAAUGUGAAUCUGCAAUUAUGGGACAUAGCAGGCCAUGAACGUUUUGGCAACAUGACAGCAGUGUAUUACAGGCAUGCAUCUGCUGCCAUCAUUGUGUUUGAUCCAACAAGGCCACAUACUUUUAAGUCUGUAUCAAGGUGGUAUGAAGACUUGAUAUCCAAGUUUUCAGAAGAUGGGAUAAGAUGGGAAAUUCCUGUAUUGCUACUAGCUAACAAAUGUGAUCUUCCUUAUGCAAAAAUAGACUUUGAAGAGGUGCAUGAGUUCUGUGAAGAACAUGGUUUUGUUGGAUGGUUCCCCACAUCAGCCAAGGAGAACAUUAAUAUAGAUAGUGCCAUGAUGUAUUUGGUUGAAAAGAUUUUAAAGAAUAAACUUGAUGGUUGUAGUCCAGAGUCAAAACAGAGUCGUAUAAACCUUGCAGAGGAAGUUGAAGAGGACACUGUGAAGAAAAAGAAAUGCUGUUAAAUAGUCCAGGAAUACUGUAUUUUAGAAUUUUACCUUGUACAUUAAGUUAGGUUUUCUUUUAUAGUUUGGACACUCAGGAUUGAGGUGUGAGGGUAUUGAUGAGGUGCUAUAUUGUUAGAUGAAGACACUCUUUAGAAGUUUUCUAUUCUGACAUGCAAGACAAGGUCUGACUAAGUCUAUGUAAUGAAUUAAUGUUCUUUUAAUGUCCAAGCUUGAAAAACAUGUUAACCAUGGCAUGUUUUGUAUCCUAUUAAAAGUAUUUUAUUUUUCUAGUAUGGAUUAUUACAAUUAUUAUUGCAAUCCAUCCUUUUAUUACAGGAACGUCUGUUUAUCUUUUAUGCUUCAUAACAUUUUUUACUACGGGCAUUACCUCAUGUGAUACACAUUUAGUUUCUUAUACCGGUUUUCCAAACAGCUCUUGUGGGCAAGUCAUCAGAACUAUCUGACAUUGUGGUAUUAUAUGUAGAGAAGUGCUUGUGACAAGAAAAAAUUAUAAAUAUUUAAGGGUUUUUUAAACAAUGAAACAAGAAACCACAGUUACCAGGUAAAAAUUAAAGGAUUUACAUCUUAUAAUGACAUAUUUUAAUGGAUUUAAUUUUUCUUUUCCCCUAGUCUGUGAUCUGCCAGGUGACAAACAGACUACAUAUUUAUAAAUAUGUCAUUUUUUGGUUUCAAGGUUUUCUUGGUAACUCAAACCUACAAGUUUUAAUACAUUGUGUAGUUGAGUAUUUUUCAACACAUGUAUAAUUUGGAUAUUAUCUGCAAAAAAUGAGAUUUGGCAUUUCUGCACUGGUUUCCUGCCUGCGGGAGGUCAUCAUCAUGUGGGAAUAAAACAUCUAAACAAAUGAG